CAGUUGAGUGAAGUCGGUCGUCGUGAGUGGACGUGUUUUUCGGUAGCUAGUGAUCAGCCAGAAUUAUUGGCAAACAAAAGUGUAUAGUGCAGUGUUUUUCUCAGGUGAUGUGUGUGUGUAUUGGUCGUGCAACUAAACGACCACCUAUAACCUCGGGCUGCGGAAGAUUAAUCGAAAAUUUUCACCACAGUUUGGUCAUCCAUUCAUAAACAUCCCAUUUUUGCGCAUAUUACACAGAAACGGAUGACGAAUCGACAGUAGAAUAAUCGGCGAGAAUUACAAUCAUGAAGUGCUGGCGAAGCAGGCUGGUGGUAAAUGUUUUGAUACUACUGGCGAUAACCCUAGCGACGGUAGUGCGUUGCCAGGAUGAACAGCAGGCGACGACGACGGACGUGGCUGAUGGAGGAACCGCGGCAGGCGCUGAUGAUGUGAAGGAUUACUUGGUCAGCGGACUCCGUUUGGAACACGAACUCGUAAAGGAGCAGGCUGACGACCCGUCUACUCGGACAAGUGGCGAAAGCUUUGUCGCCAUCCAUGUAGAUGCUCUGGGUACUAAGGAACAGCUUCGGCCGUCUCUUCGCGGUCUGUCCUACAUUGCGAUAAGUUUCCUGCCGAGGGACUUCACCCUUCAGGAGGUCCAGUCGGCUACUAGAGAAGUGGUCGCCGGAGUUCGAUACGAACUCGUUGUCAAAGCCUUGGAUCGUGAACAGUCGGAGGUCUUGUGUAAGCUCACUGUGCUAGAAAAGCCUUGGUUGACUACGGAGAGCGGCGACAAGUAUCGUAUAUUGGAGUACUCGAACUGUACCUCCGGAGAGGAUACCACCGAAACAACUGAAGUCGUUACCAAAUUGAAUCCCAUUUUUGAUCCGAAUGUACGAGCCCAACAGGAAAUGAGUCCUUCUCGUUUCAAAGACCUGGUGAGUCAGAUCAUUAUCGAGAAGAAAAUAGAAGCCAGCAGCACUCCAACUCCAGCGGUUUCUACGACCACUACGGAGCACUCAACUGCUCCAGUGUUGAGCGAAUCUUCGAAAGACGUACUCGAUCAGUUGUUCAUGUUCGGUAGUGAAGCACAGCCACCAAGAAGAGUUGCCGACAAUUCUAACGACAGUGAUCAGACUAUCGUUGAAGAAAUGAUCGUUCCAAAACGCGUAACACCUCCUCAAUCGCAGUUGACGACUACGGAAGUACCACCACUAGAAACGACCACCAUUUCCCUUGACCAGCAAGUACAGUCCACGUUCGAAGAGGUGUUCAAAACCCAUCAGGAGAUUCAGAAAGCACUGGACGAAGUCAUCCAGCGAGGUGGCGGCCGGGACGUCCAGCAAAAGUACGAACCGGUAUUUGCAUCCCUUCUCCAAAAGGUCAAAACAAGCAUCGACAACUACUAUCAAACCAUCCAUCCGGGCGGAGGUGACGCCAACGUAGACACAGCCGCGUUCGUCAUCAGGGACAGUAAGACCCCGGUGCAGAAUUCCACUCCAGCAGCAAAACCAAACGACGAUCAACAUUCAUCCGAGAGCAACGAUCUGGACGAUCAACAGCAACAGCAGGUGAUUCUGCCAGACUUCAACCUACUGCCGUCGCAACCGUCGGAGGCUCCACCAAAGAUCGACUCGGUCGUGAUGCACUUCAGCGACGACAGCGAUGAACAGCAACACGAAGACGUCCAACGACCUCAAACGCGAGAGGAACUGAUCCGCGACUUGAACACCGAUGACUCUCAACAGCGCAACAAACGUGCGCCCGGGUCGCAUUCCUAUGAGCACGAUUUUUCCUACCACAAUCCGUUUUAUGGUAGCCAUUCCCACGAAUCCUACGAGCACUACGGACACCGACCGUUCUACGGCCAUAACCCGUACAACAACUUCAAUCCGUACUUUAACCCGUACAGCGGACCCGAUCGGUAUCCGUACUACACCCAUCAUCGCGGGAAGCGAUUCGUCGAGAUGGACCUCAAAGUCGCCGAUGAGAAGCAGACCUCCGAGGUGGAGAAGAUGAUCAGUGAGGCGAUCGAGAUGCUGGACCACAUGGACGCUGAUCUGUUCAAGCGCGUUCUGCUGGAGGUGAUCAGCGUCAAGCGGAUCAACCAGUUCAGCAGCGCCGUCGAGCAAAAGGGAGACUUGUACGUGGCGCGGGUGCUGACCGCCAACUCGCAUUGCGUCGAAGAGGUCGAAGACUCGGCCAAGUGCAAGUCGCUGCUCAUCGACGGCAGCAACAAGUUCUGCACACUUGAGAUUCGUGCCAAGGACAAGGAAGUGCGUCUGGUGAAGUCGGAGUGCGUUCCGAACAAGCUGAUGGGCGGACACCACGAGGUGGAUCUGUCCGAGCCGGAGCAUCAGCAGCGUAUCCAGGCCGGUCUGAAGGGGUACGCCAAGGGGAAGCUUAGGAAUUCGCGUUUCGUUAUUCGCUGCGGCACGGUUCAGAUCGUAGCCGGAACUAUCCAUCGCUACACCGUAGAUCUGGUGGACAAGGAUCAGCAAGUGCUGAACACUUGCAACGUGAAGAUCUAUACCCCGUUGCAGGACGCACCCGAGUACAGUUUCGACUGCCAGGAGGUGUCGCGUAGGGUCGCCCGCGAUGUGGAACGGAAGAAGCUUAGCAAAGGUCCGAAAACCGGCGCCCCAAUGGAGAUGACUCCGGAAGAGUUCGGCAAACCGGAGCAUGCGGAACGCAUCCAGAGCAUUCUGCUGACUGCUGGAGGAGCCAACACUGAGCGCAAGUACAAGAUCGUUGAAGCAACGCAACAGAUCGUGGCCGGUUCUCUCUACACCUACAAGCUGAUCUUCACCGACGACCCGGACAAGCGUGUCUGCAAGCUGACUUCCCACGAGCGGCCUUGGUUGAAGGAAAAGUCGCCGUCUGAAGCUAGGAAGGUUUCAUUCUCCUGUCCGGAAGCCCCAAACAGUCGUUCUAAGCGCUCGAUUUGUGCUGGAUGUCCUUCGGCGUUGUCUCCGAAUGAUCUCCAAGACGUUGAACACAAGCAGCGAGUUAAUAAGAUUCUGCUGGCCAACGUGGUUGGAUCACAGGGUGAACUGGAGUCUCUAUCACCGCAAAUCAUCAACGCCACAAGUAAGGUAGUUCAAGGCACGCUGUACACCUACUUUGUCAGCUUCAAACUGCAAGGCGCCCAUCAAAUUUGUGAGUUAACUGCAUGGGAACGUCCAUGGCUGGAUGAUUCAGAAGCCUACAAGUACACCGCCUCUUGCGCUGAACAGGACGAUUCCAAUGCACUGCGUAAGCGCUCCAAACGGUCUUUUUGUGUCGGAUGUCCAACGGCUAUAACAAAUCUUCAGGAAGGAGACCAUAGGGAGCGUGUCGUCAAGAUUCUACUAGCCAAGGUGGCCGGAUCUGAGGAUCAACUGCAAUCCAUGUCGCCUGAGAUCAUCAACGCCACCAGCCAGGUCGUUCAGGGAACUCUGUAUACGUACUUCGUAGCCUACAGGUUAGAUGAUUCCCAUCAGGUUUGCAAGCUCACCUCCUGGGAGCGACCUUGGCUGGAUGGAGCAGAAGCCUACCAGUACACGGCCGAAUGCGGAGCCGCACAGGGUGAUUCCAAUACCUUGCGCAAGCGUCGAUCAGUGUCCAGGAGUAAACGAGGCUUCGGAUCGGCUCGAGUGCUGACUGCCGAAGAGUUACAACAGGACGAACAUGUCAAGCGAGUUGACGCCAUUUUGGCCUCCAGUCCGGGUGCUAACGUAGAGAGCCCGAGAAUAGUCAACGGAACCGUUCAGGUGGUGGCCGGUCACAGUUACACGUACUACAUUGCGUACACCGUAAAUGGCGAAGAACGUGUCUGCAAGUUGAACUCCUGGGAGAGGCCGUGGUUAGAGGAUAAGCAACCUUCCGAGGCGUACAAGCGCACGGUUCAAUGCGACGGUACGGAUGAGAGCUCGGUUGCACGUGCUCGCCGCCACGCCAAGAAGACCGGUGCCUCGAACGAGCUGUCCGCCGAAGAUCUGAAGGACAAGAGCCACGUUGAGCGGAUCAAGGCCGGACUGGUGGCAUACAACACGGAAAAAUCCAAGUCCUACGAUGAAUUUGAAAUCGUCAAGGGAUCCGUCCAGCUGGUCGCAGGUUCCCUGUACAAGUACACAUUCAAGGUCAAGAGUGAACCGGAGGUCAUCUGUAAGAUUUCCGUGUGGGAGCGCGUUUGGUUGGACGCUCAGGACCAACGUAAGUACAACGUCAAAUGCGACGGAGAUGAUGAACCAGAGCAGGAACAGAAGCUAGCAGCUUCCAAGCGUUCCGCACGUUCGGUUCGUCCUCGGCAGUCCGACUCGGACGGCGAAGGUCACUACUCGAAGGGGGAAGAUCACGCCCGGCAUCUGUUUGAGAAGUUCAAGCUGAAGCACAGCCGCGAGUAUCAGAGCACUUUGGAGCACGAGAUGCGAUUCCGGAUCUUCAAGAACAAUCUGUUCAAGAUCGAACAGCUGAACAAGUACGAACAGGGAACGGCCAAGUAUGGCAUCACGCACUUUGCCGACAUGACUAGCGCAGAGUACAGACAACGAACCGGUUUGGUUAUUCCGCGAGACGAAGAUCGGAAUCACGUGGGUAAUCCCAAGGCCGAGAUCGACGAGAACAUGGAACUUCCGGAGUCGUUUGAUUGGCGUGAGUUAGGGGCAGUUUCACCGGUGAAAAAUCAAGGAAACUGUGGUUCAUGUUGGGCUUUCAGCGUUGUCGGCAACAUCGAAGGUCUCCAUCAGAUCAAAACUAAGAUACUUGAGGAAUACUCAGAGCAAGAAUUGCUCGACUGCGAUGCAGUCGACAGUGCCUGCCAAGGAGGAUACAUGGAUGAUGCCUACAAAGCUAUCGAGAAGAUCGGUGGCCUCGAGCUGGAGAGUGAGUACCCGUAUCUAGCCAAGAAGCAGAAGACGUGCCACUUCAACAGCACCGAAGUGCACGUCCGGGUUAAGGGAGCCGUCGAUCUGCCGAAGAACGAAACGGCCAUGGCCCAGUACCUGGUCGCCAACGGGCCCAUCUCGAUCGGUUUGAAUGCCAACGCGAUGCAGUUCUAUCGGGGUGGAAUUUCGCACCCGUGGAAACCGCUGUGCAGCAAGAAGAACCUGGACCACGGUGUACUGAUCGUCGGCUACGGCGUCAAGGAGUAUCCCAUGUUCAACAAAACGAUGCCCUACUGGAUUGUGAAGAACUCGUGGGGUCCCAAGUGGGGCGAGCAGGGUUACUAUCGGAUCUUCAGGGGUGACAACACCUGCGGUGUCAGCGAAAUGGCAUCGUCGGCUGUGCUAGCUUAGACAUCUCUGGGUUGGUUUGGGCAGACUUGACGAGGAUCAUCUGCCAAAAGCGGGGGACAAUAAUAUCUACCAUUUAUCUAUAUAUACUGUGGAAUCUAUUUGUCAGCGAAUGUUAGUCCUAGGAAGCAAUAUUGAGUGUAUUUUUAAUCCUAUGGCAUCUAUCACUAGGUGUUCUGUUUUCCUCUGAAUACACAGAAGGCUGUUCCAUGAUUAGAAGGAACACCUAGCAAUGGAUCGGAAAA